CGAACGAGCAAUGCGGUUUUGCCAAAACAACAAAAUGUUGCUCGGCAAUUUAGCCUCCUCUUCCUCAGCGACUCACUCCACCAUCUUCUUCUCCUCCUCCUUCCAUCGAUGCCCUAGCCUUCGAGCUCGCCCCAGCUUCCUCACUGCUCUCCGAGCUCGUUCAGCUCCGGCGGAGCACGACCGCGGCCCUCUCGAAAGCCGCCAGCCGGUCCCCGCGCCGGCGAGCAGCUACGCCGGCGUCAAGCUGCAGGAGACAGUCGACGCCGCGAGGUCCGGCAAGCUCAGGCUCGACGCCUGGAUCUCCUCCCGGAUGCAGGGCGUCAGCAGAGCUCGCGUCCAGUCGAGCAUCCGAUCGGGCUUGGUCUCUGUCAACGGCCGCGUCGUCGAUAAGGUCUCGCAUAAUGUCAGAGCUGGAGAUACGGUUGAUUGCACGAUCUCGGAGCUGCAACCUCUGAGGGCGGAGCCGGAGGAUAUACCUGUGGACAUAGUGUACGAAGACGAGCAUGUGCUUGUUGUCAACAAACCUGCGCACAUGGUUGUUCAUCCAGCACCCGGAAAUGCUUCAGGAACUCUUGUGAAUGCCAUUCUUCAUCAUUGCAGUCUUCCAACAGUUGCUUUUUCAGAAACAGAACUUUCUGAGGGCGAGGAGGUGUCUGAUGAUGAGUCCAGUAGCUCUACAGCUUGUGAAACUUCUACUAAAGGAUUUAACUCCUCUGAAUUUGGAGGUUCUGUGCGUCCAGGCAUUGUUCAUAGGUUGGACAAAGGAACUAGCGGAUUGCUAGUUGUUGCAAAGAAUGAGCAUUCACAUGCCCAUUUGUCGGAGCAAUUUAAGAUGCAUACCAUUCAGAGAGUAUAUGUCAGUCUCACAUCCGGGGUUCCUUCUGCAACAUCUGGCCGCAUUGAGGUUCCAAUUGGUCGUGAUACAAACAACCGUAUUCGCAUGGCUGCUAUUCCAGGACCGAGCAACGGGGGUCAGGCGCGUUAUGCUGCUAGUAGGUACAAAGUAAUUGAAGUGCUUGCCUGUGGAAGCUCCGCUUUGGUUGAAUGGAGAUUAGAAACUGGGCGUACUCAUCAGAUCCGUGCCCACGCAAAGUAUGUGGGAAUUCCUUUAUUGGGUGAUGAGGUGUACGGAGGGACAAAAAACAUGAUAUUGUCACUGCUGCAAGCCAAAUUACCACCUGGUCACCAAAGCCACCUUUCAGAGUUGGUUUCUAAACUAGAAAGGCCUUGCCUCCAUGCUUUUUCUCUUGGGUUUAUACAUCCUCAUACAGGGAAAAAUGUGCAGUUCUCAUGUGAACCACCUGAAGAUUUCUCUCUAAUGUUGGGUCAACUUUACAAACUUGGCAUGAAGAAGCCUACCUUGAAGACAUGAUUAAUCCCAGCAAAAAUUUGAGUUGAGUGAGUGCUCGUAUUAUUUUGGAGCGAGCAGGCAUGAGGUUGUUAACUCUCCCAUGCGACACAGGGCUGGUGCUAAAUUGGGAACUAAAUCGCCAGAGCAAGGAACUACUAACCAUGCAAACUUGCCGGGUCAAGCGAACCGUCAGGCUUCAUGCUCCAGAAAAGUACUGCAUUCCCCAUUUUCGGUUUUACAGACAGUCCCUGUUUGCCACAUUCUGAUAAUUCGUUCCACCAAGGCACGGCGCUGAAGUUUGCCUUGGCAGCUGGAAACACUGUCUCUCCCCCUUCCUCGACGUCACUCCUGGAUUAUCAUCAAAAGGAACUCAGUGAAGAACAUAAAAAAAGGAAGACGAACUAUUUAUGUGAAAGAAUUUGAAGUCCUUCUCCAUGCUCUGCAAAUGCAUAAGGUUUCUCAUCAUCAGUUGAACUAUCUCAACAAAAAGCGACUGAUAAAAAGAUCAUGGAAAUUGGCAUAGAAUGGCCGAAGAUGGACCAGAAAUUUCAAUUUCGGAGAUGGAUUGCAAGGGCCAUGUGACGCUGGCAAAUGAUGCUUCAAACCAGCUUUUCAUUCUGAACAUUUUGCACGCAUGGCUCGGCUUACCUACGGGAAUGUGAGUGAAGUCAGCUAUUCUUUUCUC